AUGUCAUUCAUGAGCGAUGUGGACGUAGAGGCACAAGCGAACAUCGAAAAUCUCAUUCAAAGCAAAAUGCCCAAAACUUCAACAGCCAAAAUGGCAUCAAAAUUUGCCGAAACCCACAUAGAAGUUGAAGGUUACUGGAUCAAAAAAGGCAAAGAAAAUGUGCAGGAUGAUCCCGGAUAUGUGUGUACUGCUUCGGUCAAGAAAAAUCUAGCACAACUUGCACGAGUGGUCUGUAGCGGUAUGUUUCCGGUAUUGCUCGAAGGAGAAACAUCAUCCGGAAAAACAGCAAUGGUGCUACAUCUUGCGAAAAUCACGGGGAAUUUAGUAAUUCGGCUGAACAAUCACGAGCACACUGAUUUGCAAGAAUAUAUUGGUUCCUAUGUUCCCGAUGGGAAUGGUCGUUUUGUGUUCGUCGAAGGUCCGUUGGUAAAAGCAGCUCGUGAUGGUUACUGGAUAAUCCUGGAUGAACUGAAUCUUGCACCUACCGACGUUAUUGAAGCAUUAAACAGGUUUCGACUGUUUGCCACACAGAAUCCAGUGGGCUUGUAUGCUGGUCGAAAGCGCCUUUCUCGCGCGUUAUUGAAUCGUUUCAUUGUUUUACGAUUCGAUCAACUUCCCUACGAAGAGUUGGCACAAAUGGUCGUUGUCAGUUGUGGCAUAGCUCCAUCGGCAGCAAACGCGAUGGUCUCGGUUUUUGUUGAUUUGCGAGCACAACGCAGUACUUUUGGUGUUUUCUCGGCACGUGAUGGUCUGAUGACACUACGUGAUCUGUUCAAAUGGGCACAUCGACUUUCCGGUUCUGAUCAGACAGAUUGGCGCCAGUCACUAGCUGAGCACGGAUUUUUCCUGUUGGGUGCACGAUGUCGCAAUGUUGAAGACUUGAAAACGGUGAAACGAACGCUAGAAAAGAAUUUGAAACGUGAAAUUGAUAUAAAACGGUUAUUUUCGAUCGAUUCCCCGUAUUUGCCCGAUGAAUUUCGUGGGCGAUCGACGAUCGGAACAGUGGUCCUGACCGAUACAAUCCGAAUAAUGCUUGUUCUUGUGGCACAGUGCUGGCAGUUUUCGGAGCCUGUCCUGAUUGUUGGUGAGACGGGCUGCGGCAAAACAACAGUGGCACAAAUCAUUGCGAAGGUAAGCUCUGCAGUUGUGGCAAGAGGAUAUCAGUUGAAGGUUGCUUAA